AUGUCAGAAAAAAUGGAAAAAGACAAUUCUAUUCAAACGCAUGUUUUAAUGAAACUCAUUGGAUUUAGCAUUGCUUUAUUCACAUUACCUUUGUUGACUUAUUAUUGGACUCUAAAGAACUGGUUCUUGGGCCAGGAUACUUUUAAGGCAGGAAUAGCAGCUGCUAUCGUUGCGAACAUUGUUGCGACUUUAUAUGUUUUGGUUGCAUUUUGGGAGAAAGAUGCUAGCUCACCAGAGCCCGUGAAAAAGCAGCAAUGA